AUGUAAAAAGUAAAUAUUGCUGCCAUCAAAAGUGACAAAGAUUUUAUUAAUUUACUAGAUAAGGUCGGAAAAAGACAUGAAAGGGACGAUUAAAAAUAAGAUAAACAAAAUACUGAAAAUAGAAUUUUGACAAGUAAUAAGAAAAAUAGCAAAUAAUUUUACUCUUUUUCUAUCCUCCAUAAAAGCAAUGUGGUUGUCAAAGAUCAUAAUAAAAUAAUUCUAUAAACAUUUCACAACAACAUCAAAUUGUCUGAAAUUAAUUCUGUCUAAUUUAAUGACAUCCCUCUAUCAGAAAGACAGACUAAAAGAUCAAACAUAGUUUAGAGAAACCUUUAUUUUGGCCUUCAUACAUAGACCUAAUAAACUCAAAGGUCAGAAUUUCAAUCAAUAAAUGAAGAAGUAAUUCAAUCUGGAUUAUGUAAGACGCAAAGAAACAAUAGGAUGGAUUAAAUACAAGAAAGAUUCAAUAGUUGUAAAGAAUACUUAUCAAAAGAAUAAUAGAGAUUGAAAAUGGCGGAGGAGUAAAUAGAAAAAAAUUAGCUUAUACUUGAAGAUCUAGCUUAAGAAUUGGAGAUUGUGAAUAGAAAUAAAGCAAUUUUCAAUUCUAUAAAGAAUUUAGAUUAAUAAGUAUAUAAAAAUGAACUAAAUUUUAUUAACUACAGAAAAGUUACAGAGGAGUUAUACGAAUUUAUAUAAUAAACUUAAAUAAAGCAUUUUAAGAAAUAAGAAUUGAUUUUGCCAUUUAUUGAGAGUUUUAAAAAUGAAUUAAAUUGUAUGCUUAUAGAAUAUGAAUCAUAAAUUAAAAGAAACUAAGUAAAAUGA